ACGCAGCGAUGUGAUGUGAUGACAUUGCUCAAUUUGCCAUGCUUCGCUGUGUGCUCAACUGGGCCGUACUCCCAGUAACGUCAUUGUUGGCAGCAGGCCAGUCCGGCGUGUUUUACUCACCUCGGCAUAUCCCGUCGUUUCCGCUGGAACCUGCCGCCACGAUCGACGUGGGCCAAAUUGCGCAGGCCAUCGACGCAGACCUCGCCAGCAUCAAGCCGUACUUUGGGGUCGUGCGCACCGCCCAGGCGACUUAUUUUGGCGUGGACAUUGCACCCAUUGCCAAGAAAAACGACCUGCGACUGUACCUCGGCGUGAACUCUGGUCAGGACUCGCCCGAGUCGUACGAAGAUCAGGUGGCCGCAGCCAUCGCCGCCGUGCUCGCGUAUCCAGACACCAUCCAAGCAAUUCUCGUGGGCAGCGACAACGUGCGUCCGUAUGGCGAGGCCACGGCGGCUGACAUCACGGCCCGGGUGCUGGACUUGAAGAAGCGCGUCGAAGUGACCACGGGGUCUGUCGUUCCCAUCGGAACUUCGCAGCGGGCUGACGCGUGGUUGAGCCUGGACACUGAUCUGUCGGCCCUGGCCUCGGUAGUUGACAUCAUUGGCGUUGAAACGUACCCGUACUUGGACCCCGAUUUCUCCACGUUGGACCCGCUGGCGCUGCUCGAAAGCACGUGGGUCAGCCUCGCCUCUCGGUACCCCGAAGACAAGUUGCUCAUCACCGCCACGGGCCACCCCACGGGCAGCGAGAACCCCCCCGUGCGCGUAGAACUGAACCCAGAAAACGCACAUCUGUACUUUGUGGCGUUCGCGCAGUCCACGUUCGCUGGGUUUUGGGCGGCUUUCUUCGACUUAAGACUGGACGAUCCCAUCACGCGCAUUGGCAUGCCCCAAGUCAAGUCCUUUGGCCUGGUCACGGACGCAGGUGACUCGAAAGACAUGCUGCCAUCGCUCGAGUUUGAAUCCGGGGCGAUGGCUCAGUUCACUCCAGGAGUGUGCUAUUCGCCGUUCCACAAUAUGGAAUAUCCUUUGCACGGGGGAUCGUCGGCGCUCCUCGGAGGGGCCAUGGACGAAGACUUCAGGGUCAUGGCGCAGUACUUUUCAGUCGUCCGCACCUACUACUCGUCGUACAUGGGGUAUCAAGUGGCCAAAUAUGCUGCCAAGUACUCGGUGGGUCUCUACUUGGGGGUGUUUAUGACCCGAGAGACGUGGUACCAAUCUCAGCUCGACGACGCUGUAGCGGCCGCCGCGAAUUACCCCAGCACCAUUAAAGCCAUCUUGGUCGGUAAUGAAAACGUCAUUCCUUGUGGGCCGUACAAGGCGGACGAGAUCAUCGCAUCGAUCAACUCGAUUCGAACUCGCAUUCGACAAGGCACAGGGCGGAAUGUUGCCGUGGGCACUGUGCAGCGUGCAACCGAGUGGCUUAACCCAAACAUCCGAGGGGACAUGCUGCGGCUGGCAGCUAGUUCCGACAUCAUCGGGGUGAACAUCUACCCGUUCUUUGACGGGGGCUACAACCCCGACAACCCGCUGGGCCUCCUAGACGCGAUCUGGAACCAAAUGCUCGCCCUCUACCCGGCAUCCAAACUCAGACUGACCGAGAUCGGAUAUCCCACUGGAGGCACGGCGCCGUCCUUCGCACCCAAGAACACCCCGUCGCUUCAGAAUUCAGUCAACUUUUACAACGCAUUUCAACGAUGGAGUCCGAAAGCUGGCGGCGGUGAGGCCUUUUGGUACAGCAUGUUUGACCUCCGCGCGGACGACACUACUCAACCGGCCGACUUGGAAAAGCACUUUGGUUUCCUGACUGCUGAUACGCGCCAACGCAAGGUGGCCAACUACCCCCUGCUCCUGCAAACAACUCCGCCCGCUGCACCUAUUCCUGCCCUAACUCCUGCACCCACCCCUGCACCGCCCCCUGCACCUGUGAACGGCCCUCGAGGCCCCCAAGGUGUGCUCUACUCCCCAUUUCACGCGGACGAGUACCCGAACGACCUCAAGAACGUCGGCGCCGCCAUCUCGUUGGACUUGCAGCUCGUUCGAACACGGUUUUCAUCCAUUCGCACCGAAUACUCCAACUUUUACGGCGUGGACGUGACCCCCUUUGCCGCCGCCGUGGGGCUCAAACUGACGCUGGGUGUUGGCAUGACGCGCGAAACGUGGUACGCCGACCAAGUGGCCAGCGCUGUGAGUGCAGUCAAGUACUUUCCCCGCACUAUUUCGGCACUGACGGUUGGGAGCGAGAACGCGUACCGAGGUGACAACUUCAACGCCAACGACAUCAUCGCAGCCAUCCGGGGCAUCAAGGCCCGCAUCCCCAACGUCAAGGUGGGCACGGUACAGCGCGCCGCCGAGUGGCUGAAUCCGGCGCUUCGGGCGGACAUGGUGCGCCUCAGUCAAGACUGUGACGUGAUCGGAGUGACGUUAUCCCUGUACGACACGGACAAUUUGACCACUCCAGCGGCGGUAGCGACCGCGAUCGACCAGUGGUGGAGGAGCCUCGCCGCCCUCUACCCCGCCGAGAAACUGCAGCUGAUGAACAUCGGCUUCCCCACCAGCGGCGCCACUUCGGCCAAGGGCAACGUCGCUGGAGUGGAUCAAGCCGUGUCAUUCUACAACGCCGUGCGGAAUUCGGCCUGGGGACAAGGAAAUAGCUGGCCCACUUGGGGUGCUGAUUUCUACGACGACAAGCCCGCCAGUGUGAGCCCCACGAAAUCGUAUGGGUAUUUCACUGCCCAGCGCCAAGCCAAAGCUCGUAACUUCCCACUCACCCAGGCUGGUUGAAUGGUUACUUCAUAUUGAUCGUUAAAUAUGAAGAAUACCAGUACAGUAUAUCAGGUGUCCUUGGUGCUCCACGUUCGCGAUGCAAAAGUUGAAAGUACUAAAACUCCCAAUCUUUAUCAUUGCAAAGGUAUCGAUUUCUCCA